UUGGCUGUAGCGGAAGCUCUGGGCGCAGGAGAGCAGAAUCUCAGGCAGUUGGCUAAACAACAUUUUUGUUAUAUAUUUAGCUUGUGAUGACACGAAGGCAGUAGGUCGGUUUGGUCGCAGGGGUGUCGUUUUUGUAUGAUUUCCCCCCCGCCACCUUCAUUUUGUUCCGUUUGCUCUAUUAGUGCAAUGAAACGCUGAAGUAAAUAAGUGCUGUAACAAAAAAAGAAAAGCACAUAGAAGAAGGCGCUGCUAAGCUAACGGCUAGCUAAUGAAGUGCUUUCCACUCGCCGUUCUCUCAAUGCUGCUUGCCUUCAGACGAGAGGAGCUUUGAGAGCACCAUGUCCUGCUCUAGCAACUUGAUCUGGGAUGUGAGGAAACGAUCCAUCGGUUACAGCGAUCCAAACGUUUUCCGAGCGAACUAUUUAGGCAGAAGAGAAUUUGUGCAGCGUCUGAAACUUGAAGCUGUACUUAAAGUGCAUGAUGGCUGUGUUAACACCAUAUCUUGGAAUGAUACAGGAGAGUACAUCUUGUCAGGAUCUGAUGACACUAAUUUGGUCAUCACAAACCCUUACAACAGAAAGGUCAAAACAACAAUUCGGUCGGGUCACCGGGCUAACAUUUUCAGUGCAAAAUUCAUGCCCCACACAAACGACCAGCAGAUCGUGUCCUGUUCAGGAGACGGCAUCAUCUUCUACACACACACAGAGAAGAGUGCAGACAUCAACAGGCAAUGCCAGAUGACCUGCCACUAUGGAACUGCUUAUGAGAUAAUGACAGUUCCUAAUGAUCCGUAUACCUUUUUAUCCUGUGGGGAGGAUGGCACAGUUAGGUGGUUUGACCUGCGUAUGAAGACAAGCUGCACAAAAGAGGAUUGUAAAGAUGAUAUUUUGAUUAAUUGCCGGAGAGCUGCUACCUCGAUAGCCAUUUCUCCCCUUGUGCCCUACUACCUUGCAGUGGGAUGCUCAGACAGUUCAGUAAGAAUUUAUGACCGACGAAUGCUUGGUACUAGAGCUACAGGUAACUACAUGGGCCGAGGAACAACAGGUAUGUGUGUGCGAUUUGUCCCUGCCCACUUGUCCAACAAGUCUUGCCGUGUGACAUCCCUAUGCUACAGUGGCGAUGGACAAGAGGUUCUGGUCAGCUACUCCUCUGACUACAUCUACCUGUUUGACCCCAAAGACGACCAGGCCAGAGAGCUAAAGGGUCCGUCUGAGGAGAGGAGAGAAGAGCUGAAGCAACCCCCAGUCAAGCGAUUGCGUCUAAGAGGAGACUGGUCAGACACCGGACCCCGUGCUCGACCCGAAAGUGAAAGAGAACGAGAGGGAGAACAGAGCCCUAAUGUGUCACUGAUGCAGAGGAUGUCCGACAUGUUAUCACGUUGGUUUGAGGAAGCUAGCGAGGCCCAGAGCAGCAGAACUCGACCACAAACUCGUCCCAGAGGUGUGGAAGCUCAGACACCAGGGGCAGCUGCAGCUUCAGACAUCCCCUCUCAGGAGUCUUUGGGGGCUGAAGGACCCAUGGAGGUGGAGUCUGCUACCUCUGACCAUUCCUCCCCACCUGCCUCAGACUCCACCCCAACCCCUGCUCCAGUCUCAGCCUCAGCUCCAGCAUCAACACCAUCCCUAGCCCCAGACCCUUCUUCAACUUCAGCACAACCCCUCUCCAAAUCCAUCUCCUCUUCCUCCUCAGGCUCUUCUUCCACUGUGACAGCCCUGCCUCCCUCUACCUCUUCCUCUGUGGACAACACUGCCUCCUCUUCUUCCCUGCUGUCCUCCCCAGACUCAGAAGAGCAGAAGAGCCAGUCCGAGGUGAUGACCACCAGAUCAGCCACCCCGACUCCUUCCACAGAGCCUGUUCUGUCUGAAUAUGGUCCGCGCAGGCUCCCGGUAAGUUUAGUGUGUAGGCGUUUGCAGAGGCUGCUGCUGCUUGCUGAUCCCCCUGGGCAAAGCCAGCGUUCAGCCUCUCGGGCCUCAGACAGCCGAGCCCGGGGCCCUGAUGCACAGACCCAUCCGGCAGCAGAUUCUCCUUCGUCUGCGGUAAACAAACAGCUUGGAUCUAUGACUCUGGAUGAGCAGCCUGGAAGCACUGAAGCAUCAGGGAAUGCUUGCUGUGGUACAAGUAGCAGGGAGGCUAGUACUAACGAUGGAACGAGAACCUGUUCUUCCACUCCUGCUGCUGAAGAUAGCCGUGAAUCCAUCUCUCCAACUCCUGCUGCUGAAGAAAGCCAUGAAAGCAUCUUUUCAUCUCCUGCUGUUGAAGAUGACAGUGGAGCUGGCAGUGGCAGUGUGUCUGGAGGAGUGGGCUCUUGCACUGGGCGAGUGGCUACAGCAGCAGGCACGCCUGAGCCGGUCCUGAGCCUGCAUUACAGCACGGAGGGCACCACCAACAGCACCAUCAAAUUAGACUUUACAGAUGAAUGGAGUAAUUUAGCCUCUGGCUCAAGACCUGGUGGUGGAGGACAAAAGCCUUCUCAAGCCAGGGAGAAUCAGGAGCCUGCUGCAGGAACCCCAGAACAGGCUUUAGCAGAAUCACUGCCACAGGAGAGCAAAAGUUCAGCGAGUGGCAAUGAGAGGGCCUCAGGAAGCUCUCAGGGAAGCACACUGCUGCAAGGCCCAGCUAUUCCAGAGAAUCUGCCAGCAGCAGAAGGUUGCAAGAGAACUGAGCCAGGUGGGGAGGGCACUCAGGGUUCUGCUCAAACCUCACGCAGUAACCAGGACUCUGAUGACAGCGAUGAUGACCCAAUUCUUAUCCCCUCAGCCAGGUACAGAGGAGCUCAGGGACAAAGGUUUAAUUUCAGAGGCUCUGCAAUAGGUGAUAGGAUGAUCAGGCGCUCGGCAGCAGCUCGUAUCCAGGAGCUUCUGCGCAGGAGAAAAGAAAGGCGCGAAAUGGAGGAGAGCGAGACACAAAACAUCAGACGCCCUGCAGUGAAAAUGAUGUACAAGGGCCACCGCAACUCCAGAACUAUGAUAAAGGAGUCAUGUUUCUGGGGAAAUAACUUUGUCAUGAGUGGUUCGGACUGUGGCCAUAUUUUUAUCUGGGACAGACAUACAGGAGAGCACCUGAUGCUUCUGGAGGCUGAUAAUCAUGUAGUUAAUUGUCUGCAGCCUCACCCUUAUGAUCCAAUUCUUGCUUCAUCUGGAAUUGACUAUGACAUAAAAAUCUGGUCCCCACUUGAGCAGCUACCUUCGUUUAACAGAGACCUUGCUGAGGAGGUGAUCACUCGUAAUGAAUUGAUGCUGGAAGAGACAAGAAACACCAUUACUGUCCCUGCCUCGUUCAUGCUUCGAAUGCUGGCCUCACUCAAUCACCUCCGAACAGACCGAUCUGAAGGUUCUGGACAAGAGAACGAAGAUGAGUAGGAGCUAUGCUGAGAUCCACAUCCCCCACCCUCCAACAAAACAAUCAACAUCUUUUGCUUUAAAACGGUUGAAUAUUUGAGAUUUGUACAGGCUGUGUAGAAUAUUCCCUUGUUAGAACCAUUUGUAGUAUCCAUUUUUUUUAAAGAUGACUAUUCUACUGAAUACUUUACAUGAGAGUAAAUCGCAUCUGCAAGGAAAGAUGAAUAAACUGCAGUAUAUAAAAAAUAAAUAUAUAAUAUAUGAAAUGUGA